CUACGAUGUACACGGAAGUAUCUGAAUAAUGAGAAAUGUCGGCUAGUGAACGAUUCAAGUGUUUCAUUUAGAUAACGUGAUUCUGUAAAAAUGCUAUUAAAAUAUGGCGGCAUAUAGAACAUUCGCCAGCCCAGAGCCCCAAAACUGGCUAAAACAGUGGAGGGCUGUUUUCAUUACGAGGAAAGCCAUCCUCCCUUCUGUCAAGACAAAGUCUAGCCAUUUGCACACUGAUAUUCUACAGAAGGCAUCGAAUGAACAGACUUGUUCAUUAGACCAUGGUCGUAUAUUUGACCGGCAACAAAUACUUUGUCGAUAUCAUGAAAAACUUCGAAACGAAAUCAAAGCCAUACACAAAAGAAAGAAACCAUCAUGGGGAAACGCUUCUACUGACAAAUGGAGAGACUCGUUUCCUAUCGCCAAGUUAUUCAUGCAGACAGCUGGGUAUGAGGAUAAAUCUUCAUUUGAUGAAAUUGACUUCAACGGACUUGCAGCCUUUAUUUAUAACUGCGGGAAAUUCACACCCACUGUGGAAACAUUAUCUGACGAGGCUCGGAAGUUCGUGAACAAGAUCCGGCAUAUGCCAGACUUAUGCUCAAGUGCUCUGACAGACCAGGCCACCACUGAGUGUAUAGAGAGCAUGCUUGCGUUGCUGAACGACCCAUGUUUCCAGGGAGAUCCAGAGAUACUGGAAGUAAUCAAACAGCUAGAUGAGUUAAAGACCAAAUCUAUAGAUCCAUAUUCGGAAUUGCUGAAAUAUAUUAUUGAAGAUACUACCAUAAGAGGUGUUCAAGAAAUAACGAAAUAUGCUUCCUCUAAAGAAGGCAAAUACAGCGAACGUGCAAGUGAGAUAAAGGGUGACAUUGAAAAACUCAGCGAUCUGUUAAUGUCCAGUAUAGAGGAACAAGGUGAGAGCAUCAUUUACGAUAUUAUGGAAACUUCUAAAAAAUCACUUGCACAGCUGGAUUCGUGCGUAAUCAAUGCUAAGAACAUUCUGAUUGAGGCAACCGAAGAAGGCAUAUUUAAAUUGACAGACACUGCUGAAAAAGCUAUUACACAUGGUAUUGAUGAACUGAAAGAAACAACUUUAGAUGCGAAACGGGGACUUGAAAUAAAGACUGGUAGAGGAAUACAAACACUAGAAGAUUCAACUGUGGCGGGUCGCGAUGAACUGAUUAAAACGACAAUAGAUGGAAAAAACGAAUUAUUAGUAACGACAAAAUGCGGGACAGUGGAGCUGAAAGACACAUUUGAGAGGGCAAAAAACGAUAUGAGCGAAUUUAUUGGAUGUGAAAAACAGAAGAUAAUAUACGAAAGAGAAGAACAAAGAGAGUCCAAACUGACAAAAGCAAAGUCAGAUUUACACCAACAAUUGCUCAAUUAUUACCAGGCAACGUCUGUCACAAUGAACGUUCGAUUGGACAUCGAUGCAGCAGUAGAAGACAUCUAUGAAAAGCCCAAACUUAUAUUGAAGAACAGGAAAGACAAAGAUGGUAAAAUGAAAGAUAAAGAGAUAUCAGAAAUGAAUGAUAUGUUUCUGAGCGAAAAUGGCACGAUGGCUAAAACAGUAUUCGUGGUUGGCGAACCGGGCCAUGGAAAAUCCUCUCUCUGUAAAAAGAUUGUCCAUAGUUGGUGCGAACUGAAAAAGGACGGAAAUGAGAAGACAAAGAAAGACAAUCUGUUAAGCCAGUUUGGGUUCUUAUUCUACAUAAGGCUACGGGAGGCUGCUGAUCAAUGCAAAAUCAAAGAUAUGAUUUUACUGUGUUUAAUUGAACGGAUUCAUUCAGAUGAUAAAGAGUCAAGUGAAUUGUUAACAGAGAUUUUGAAAUCAGAAUGUUGCCUUCUUCUGCUUGAUGGCUUAGACGAGUGGACACAUUGUAGCAAAUGCAACCGUGAUGAACGAAUUCCUCAUGUUGAAACAAGUUGGAUGAACUGUACAACAUUGAUUACAACACGACCAUACAAACUAGCGGAGCUGAAACUGAAUCCCUCACAACGUGGCAACCAUAUGCAGUUGGAGGGUGUUAAGUCACCUGUGAAACUUGUUUCGAGAAUACUUAAGGAGUUGGAGAAAUAUGGAGGAAAACGUCCACACACCUGCGUCGAAGACCUCAAAAUGAAAGGUCUCUGGCAUUUCAAAGAUGAUCCAAUCGUGCUUGUUCAUAUUGUUUGGCUCUGGUUCAGAGACCACCUAAACGUGAAUAUGUGCUUGUCUGAAGUUUACAAGAAAAUAAUAGAAGAAAGAUGGGCUGAAAUGAACGACAAGAAAAAAAUGGAGGAAAACGAGCUUCCAGAAGAAUUUCUUGAUUCUUUGAGCAAAUUAGCUUUCAAUAAACUGUUUUCAGCAAAUGAGGAUGAAUCCAUUGUUUUUUGCAUUGCAAAGGAUCAGUUAGAGAGGAAGUGUCAUCAAUCGUCUCUCGAAUCUGGCAUCAUGUCAUGUAGUAGUAAAAUAGGUGAACGGUUGGCAUUUUACCAAUUUUUGCACAAAUCUCUUCAAGAAUACUUGUCAGCAUUGUAUUUGGCAAAAGGUAGCAAAUCAGAUUUGCUCAAACAUUGUCAACAUGUUCAGGAGGUGUAUAGAAAAUACAGGAGAGAAGGUGUGCUUAGCAUGCGUCAGGUGUUUCUCUUUCUAUGCAGCAUGGACAUAAAUGCUUCUAAAGUGUUUUCGAAGUCAUUAAAUGAACUUUUAACUGACCAGUUUGAAAGAAAUGGUUUUUCUGAUAAAGAAACAAUAGCUUUCCAGGAUAUGAUACUGCAAGGCUAUGAGGAAGCGGAGAGAGGCGGUCACGCCGGAGCGGAGUUCUGCCUGCAGCAUGUCGGCAUCUUUCCUGUUGAUCAAUGGCGUUUCGAUUAUAACAUUAGACAUCAGCAGAAGACAAUUUUGAAACAUUGCUUGGAUAAAAAAAACACUCUCGUCACAUUAUAUAUAUCCGGCAAAUGCGACCUUCCUUCUGCUUUGCAGGGCAAGAAUCAUGCAAGUGUUUUGGAUUUAGAGAUUUACAAGAAUCUAAAAUUUGUUGUUUUAGACAAUGUUCCAUAUAGAGAUAUCAACAAAUUGAACUGGAAUGGAUUAAAAGAAUGUAAAAUACAAUUCAACUCUUUUAUUCAACCAGCAAAGAAACUGAUAUCUUCAUUUAUGUCCUCAGAUGUAUCAUGUUUGAAAAGACUUUCAAUGAAAUGGAUUGGUUGGGAACAUAAAGCCCAGAAAACCUUCUCGAAGCUUCAACAUAUUGAACAUCUAGACGUCACAUGGAAGAAGACUCUACCAAAGAAUUCGAAAUUUGAUCUUGAUCUUCGACAUCUGGAAAAACUCAACUAUCUGGUUUUAAAGGGACUUGCUUUCUCUGACGUUUUUAUUCCACAUAGGCUCAAUCUUCACAAGUUGAAGGUCAGUUUUAGCACACAAAAAAGAGCACCACGGUUAAUGGCGGCGUUACUAGCAAUAACAGACGAUUCAAUCAGUCCAAAUCUGGACGGGCCGCUUUCCACCCUUACGAAUGUUAAAUUGGGUAACAUGAUCAUAUCAGAGGGAACGUUCAGACGUCUCGUUAGUAUUGUGAUACAGUCGGGACAUUCUGUGAACUGUAAGUUAGAUGACUGUACAAUUGAGCCUGAAGAGGACGUGAGACAGCUGCAGUUGGAGAUGGAGAACCAGUCCGCUCUUCAGAUGGUUGCUCUACAGCCCGUCUCAGCUGACUAUACAACACACAUUACAAUAGCGAACACGACCAUGUCAGCAGGAGAGUUCAGACGUCUCAUUAGUAUUGUGAUACAGUCGGGACAUUCUGUGAACUGUGAGUUAGAGUCCUGUAUAUUAGAGCCUGAUGAGGACGUGAGACAGCUGCAGGUGGAGAUGGAGAACCAGUCCGCUCUUCCGAUGGUUGUUCUACAGCCCGUCUCAGCUGACUAUACAACACACAUUGCAAUAAUGAAAACGACCAUGUCAGCAGGAGAGUUCAGACGUCUCGUUAGUAUUGUGAUACAGUCGGGACAUUCUGUGAACUGUGAUUUAGGGCGCUGUACAAUAGAGCCUGAAGAGGACGUGAGACAGCUGCAGGUGGAGAUGGAGAACCAGUCCGCUCUUCAGAUGGUUGUUCUACAGCCCGUCUCAGCUGACAAUACAACACACAUUACAAUAGAGGAAACGACCAUGUCAGCAGGAGAGUUCAGACGUCUCGUUAGUAUUGUGAUACAGUCGGGACAUUCUGUGAACUGUGAGUUAUGGCACUGUACAAUAAAUCCUGAAGAGGACGUGAGACAGCUGCAGGUGGAGAUGGAGAACCAGUCCGCUCUUCAGAUGGUUGUUCUACAGCCCGUCUCAGCUGACUAUACAACACACAUUACAAUAAGGGAAACGACCAUGUCAGCAGGAGAGUUCAGACGUCUCGUUAGUAUUGUGAUACAGUCGGGACAUUCUGUGAACUGUGUGUUAUGGGACUGUAUAUUAGAGCCUGAUGAGGACGUGAGACAGCUGCAGUUGGAGAUGGAGAACCAGUCCGCUCUUCAGAUGGUUGCUCUACAGCCCGUCUCAGCCUACUCUACAACACACAUUACAAUAAAGAAGACGACCAUGUCAGCAGGAGCGUUCAGACGUCUCGUUAGUAUUGUGAUACAGUCGGGACAUUCUGUGAACUGUGAGUUAUGGCACUGUACAAUAAAGCCUGAAGAGGACGUGAGACAGCUGCAGGUGGAGAUGGAGAACCAGUCCGCUCUUCAGAUGGUUGUUCUACAGCCCGUCUCAGCUGACUAUACAACACACAUUACAAUAAGGGAAACGACCAUGUCAGCAGGAGAGUUCAGACGUCUCGUUAGUAUUGUGAUACAGUCGGGAAAUUCUGUGAACUGUGAUUUAGGGCACUGUACAAUAGAGCCUGAAGAGGACGUGAGACAGCUGCAGGUGGAGAUGGAGAACCAGUCCGCUCUUCAGAUGGUUGUUCUACAGCCCGUCUCAGCUGACAAUACAACACACAUUACAAUAGAGGAAACGACCAUGUCAGCAGGAGAGUUCAGACGUCUCGUUAGUAUUGUGAUACAGUCGGGACAUUCUGUGAACUGUGAGUUAUGGCACUGUACAAUAAAGCCUGAAGAGGACGUGAGACAGCUGCAGGUGGAGAUGGAGAACCAGUCCGCUCUUCAGAUGGUUGUUCUACAGCCCGUCUCAGCUGACUAUACAACACACAUUACAAUAAGGGAAACGACCAUGUCAGCAGGAGAGUUCAGACGUCUCGUUAGUAUUGUGAUACAGUCGGGACAUUCUGUGAACUGUGAGUUAGGGCGCUGUACAAUAGAGCCUGAAGAGGACGUGAGACAGCUGCUGGUGGAGAUGGAGAACCAGUCCGCUCUUCCGAUGGUUGCUCUACAGCCCGUCUCAGCUGACUAUACAACACACAUUGCAAUAAGUGAAACGACCAUGUCAGCAGGAGAGUUCAGACGUCUCGUUAGUAUUGUGAUACAGUCGGGACAUUCUGUGAACUGUGAGUUAGAGUUCUGUACAAUAGAGCCUAAAGAGGACGUGAGACAGCUGCUGGUGGAGAUGGAGAACCAGUCCGCCGUGAAACUUGUGAGGGCCUUCCAGGUUAAUGAAUUCCACUUCUGGUAUGUUGAGUUCAACGUAAACGUAAAUGAGUCCACGGAACCAGAAGAGUCUCUUCUUUCCUUCGGAAGUAACUCCCCUUGUUCCGACGCGUCCAAGGAACCGGAAUUGUCCGUCCAGGCUUUCAGAAAUAACUCCCAUUUCUCCGUCGCGUCAACGGAACCGGAAGAGUCCCUUCAGGCUACCGGAAGUAGAUCCCCUUGCUCUGUCGCGUCCGCGGAACCGGAAGUGCCCCUCCAGGCUUCCGGAAGAAGCUCCCCUUGCUCCGCCGCAUCCACGGAACCGGAACAGUCCCUCCAGGCUAGCGGAAGCAACACCCUUACUCCGUCGGCUCCAAAGAAAGCUAAGAUGACGCCUUAGGACAUUCUAAGGAACUUAACCAUGGACGGCUCAAAGCCCUUAAACAAUCAGAGUAAAUGACUGGCAGUCGAAUGAUGUGCUUUUAAUAGUUUUGUACAAGUUUAUUUUCCGAAGUAGAAACAUGUUUUCGAAACAGCAAAUUUUGGUUCAAAUAAUCAUUCUGUAUUAUGUUUGAUGAAUUUUAUUCAUUUCUUUCAUGUUGGUCUGUAGUUAUGGUUUAUCUCAUUUAUGUCCGAUUUAACGAUUGAAUGUUAACGCGCACAGCGCUGUUAUAAAAACAUCGAUGACAUUAUUUCCGGUAUGACAUCGUUUUGCUAACAUUUGGCGAUAUUUUUAAAGUAAAGAUCAAUUCAUUAUUAUCUCUAAUGUCUGGAAAGCAUAAAAUAAAGAGAAAGGGUGUGUUUUUUAGUGUAAGAUUGUUAUAUAAUUCACCUCGUUCACAACAAUGUAAAUAUUUUGCUUUUGGUGUUCACUCAAGAAAAAAAUAACUGUCGUACACUGAUACAAACAAGUACCCUCUAUAAGUGUUGUAUGUCGACUGAUUCUAAAGUUGUUUCUUUAUAUAGAGUUUGAUCUGUUUGUUUUUUGCCUUGCGAGUUAUAUCUGCACUCUCACAGGUAUACCGUUUUUACAACUUUAAAAAAAAUGUCUUUGACAGAGCAAAUUUUCGCGUAAAUAUCUUCAAACCAGUGAUAAAAGAUUGCUGACAAAAAAUUAGAUCGCAAAUUUUCAUAUUUCCGUUCGAAAACCAUGUUUAAUGAGUAACGGUUUAAGAAAAUACAUAACACAUCAAUUUUUGAACUUGAAUAUAAAAAUCUGCGAUCUGAUUUUUGUCAGCUGUCUUGUAUAACUGGUUUCCAUGCAUUUUCGCAAAAAUUGGCUCGUUCCAAGACAAAAAAUAAAAAAAGCUGUGAAAACGUUCAAUCUCUAAGAGUGCAGCUUUAAAGUGAUAUCAGAGUACAGUACAACUGUAAAUAUAUUUUAAUUUUAUUUAACAUUGUCAUAAAGAAUUUAAAGAGUGCUGUUGCUGUGUAGAAAGUUUGAAAGUGUUGUUAUAUAUGCCUUGUAGAUUUUUACUGUGAAUAUAGAUUUUUUUUUAACAUUGCCAUAAUGAUUCAAAAGAGUGCUGUUGCUGAAUAUAGAGUUUGAAAGUGUUGUUAUAUAUGCCUUGUAGAUUUUUACUGUGAAUAUAGUUUAAUUUUUUUUAACAUUGCCAUAAUGAUUCUAAAGAGUGCUGUUGCUGAAUAUAGAGUUUGAAAGUGUUGUUAUAUGCCUUGAAAGUUACAAUGACUUCAGAGUAGAUUAUUACUGUAAAUAUAGUUUCAUUUCUUAACAUUGUCAUAAUGAUUUUAAAGAGUGCUGUUGCUGUAUAGAGAGUUUGAUGUAUUGUUAUAUACCUUGCAAGUUAUAGUAAUUUCAGAGUACUAGAUUAUUACUGUAAAUAUAGUUUCAUUUCUUAACAUUGUCAUAAUGAUUUAAAAGAGUGCUGUUGCUGUAUAGAGAGUUUGAUAGUGUUGUUAUAUGCCUUGUACGCUUUCGUGAUUUCAGAGUAUAUAAUUACUAUUAAUACAGUUUAAUUUCUUAACAUUGUCAUAAUGAUUCUUAUGUGUGUGUUUUUAUAGACAGUUUGAUGUGUUUGUAUAUGCCUUGCACGCUAUAGUGAUUUCAGAGUACAUAAUUACUGUAAAUAAAGUUGCAUUUCUAAACAUUGUCAUAAUGAUUUACGGUAAGUAGAGUUGCCUUUCUUAACAUUGUCAUAAUGAUCUACUGUAUAUAAAGUUGCCUUUCUUAACAUUGUCAUAAUGAUCUACUGUAUAUAAAGUUACCUUUCUUAACAUUGUCAUAAAGAUUUUAAAGUGUUUUGUUGCUGUAUAGAGAUUUUGAUGUGUUUGUAUAUGCCUUGCACGCUACAGUGAUUUCAGAGUACAUUAUUACUGUGAAUAGAGUUGCAUUUCUAAACAUUGUCAUAAUAAUUUACUGUAAGUAGAGUUGCCUUUCUUAACAUUGUCAUAAUUAUUCUUAAGUGUGUUAUUGCUGUAUAUUGAGUUCAGUCUGUUUAAUGUGUUUGUAUAUGCCUUGCAAGUUAUAGUGAUUUCAGAGUACAUUAUUACUGUAAAUAGAGCUUGAUAUGUUUACAUACACAUGCAUGUUUUGUACGUAAAAAUGACUUUAAAGGAACUCGUUCACAUUUUGUAAGUCUAAACAUAGAAAAUAAUUAGUUCUCGUGCAAUGUGAAGAAAACGCAAGUAACAUAGAUUAAACAUCAUCAUUAACAUCAUAUAAGAUCUCUCUCUUGCUUAUGUAUUCUUGCCAUUGUCAAAUAUUUGGAUAUAUUUUCUUUCCGAAAAGCACUGGUACCACUGUUGUAAACUGACUUAUGUUCGGCUUGGAUUAACAAAAGUCUGCUCAAGUGAGUGUCCAUCGAUGGCUGUUUUGUGUUUGUUCAACAAAGGAAAUAAAAUAAAUGAAUUUCAAAUAUGAGACAAUUGUUGCCAACAUAAAAUCUGUGAGAUAGUCUCUUUAAUGUACAUUACUGCUGUUAAAAUAGUUGUGUUUGUGUAAAUAUAUAUUGUACAGUAUAGUGGUUUCAAAAUACAUUCAAUGACUGUUAAUAUAGUUUCAUAUUUAUAAAUGUGUUAGUAUGUGCAUCAUAUUGAUUUGUCUGAUAAUUCUGCGUCUGGUUAAUGUUUUAACUGUUUUUGCAUCAUACAUUUAUUCUAUAGUUCAUCGUGACUGUUAGAAUACUUUCAUUUGUUUUAAUCUGUCUUAUAAAUUAUGCCGAUUUUAGAAUUCAUUGUUACUGUUAGUAUACUUUCAUUUGUUUUAAUUUGUCUUGUAAAUAAUGGCUUGAAGCGUUUUCACAGGAAAUAGUGUUAACCGUAUUGUCACACAAUUUUAUACGUGUGUGUUUAUAAACGAGUCCUUUAAUAGCGAGCUUUUAAACAUUUUUCCUGCAUGAACUGAAUAAAAGUGUGUGUGUUUUGAUAACGAGUGUUCGAUUAUUAUGAUCACAUGCUAUAUAAACCGGUAAAAAUAAACAAAAAAUGAUCGUUCUAAUGACUUACUACAUUCGACACUGAUGAUAUACUUCAUUUGACUCUGAUGACAUGCUUCAUUUGACAGUGUUGACAUACAAAAUGUGUUACUGAUGACAUACUUCAUUUGUUACUGAUGACAUACUUCAUUUGACACGCAUAACAUACUUCGUUUGACACUGCUGACAUACAUCGUUUGGCAGUGAUGACUGACUACAUUUGUUACUGAUGACAUACUUCAUUUGACACGGAUUACAUACUUCCGUCAUUUCACACGGAUUACAUACUUCAUUUGACAUGGAUUCCAUACUACAUUUAACACUGAUGACAUACUACAUCUGACACUGAUGACAUACUACAUUUAACACUGAUGACAUACUACAUUUGACACUGAUGACUUUCUACAUUUAACACAGAUGACAUACUACAUUUGGCACUGAUGAUAUGACAUACUAUAUUUGACACUGAUGACAUAAUACAUUUGACACUGAUGACAUAAUACAUUUAACACUGAUGACAUACUUCAUUUAACACUGAUGACAUACUACAUUUGACACUGAUGACAUACUACAUUUGACACUGAUGACAUACUACAUUUGACACUGAUGACAUACCACACUAAACACCUAAGACAAAGUUCAUUUUACACAAUUGCUAACUUCAAUUGUUUUCAUCUGCUAUAUAUCGAAACAUUUCAUUACUCCCUGUCACGAAAAUGGAAAAUGUAGGAAAAUCAUUGAUUCAGCUUUACGAGUCUCCCCAUGAUUGAUCGAUAAUUAAAAUCCUAUUCUAUCAAUACACGUGUACAUUCAGUUAGAUGACUAGAAUGCAUUUGUAUUUGUACAUAUGUUAUGGUUAGCAUUGUUUUGCUUUAUUGCAUGACAUUUCACAUUUUCCUGUUAUUCCCAUUGUAUACAUGUAUGAUAUAUCUUGUAUUGUAUGCCCUAAUUGUAUGCUGCAUGUCAUUUUCCCGGUAUUUGUUUAACCUAGUGUACACCCCAGUAACAUUUUAUUUAUUAUAGCAUAACCAUUUUAUUUUAAAGAAUGACUGUUAAUUCUAUUUAUACAUAUAUGAAUUAGGCAAAAGUGAAUGAUAAGAAUGGUAUUUUACGGAAAAAUAGGAAUUUUUGAAAUAAAAACAUAUUUGAAAAACAUCAUUUUAUAAAGGUAAAUGUAAUUAAAAAAAUACUAUUAAGAAAUGUGCAUUUUGAUGAGUCAAGUUAUUAAAACAAGCAGUAUAUAUUUAUAAAGACGGUACUUCCACGUAUGCUAAUAGUGUCUGCUAUUUAUUACCUUUUCCCAUGUUAAUAAUUAUAAAAUUCAAUUACUGAACUAAGAUGGUACAUGAACGUAAGUUAAUGGUGUCUGCAUUUUUUCACAUUCCCAUAGUAAUAUUUACAAUGUUCACUUAUUGAAAUAAGUACACGGUACAUGAACGUAAGAUAAUGGUGUCUGCACUUUAUUCACUUCUGCCAUGUUAAUAAUUAUGAUGUUUAUUAUCUAGCUAAGUAGACGGUACAUGAACGUAAGUUAAUGGUGUCUGUACAUCAUUUACAUUUCGCGUGUUGAUAUUUAUGUUGUUUACUAUUGAACUUAGUAGACGGUACAUGAACAUAAGUUAAAGGUGUCUGCAAUUUAUUUACUUUUCCCAAUUAAUAAUAAUAGUGUUUACUAUUGAACCAAGUACUCGGUACAUGAACAUAAGUUAAUGGUUUCUGCACUUUAUUUAAUUUGCAAUGGUAAUAAUUAUAAUGUUCAUUUAUUGAUUUUAGUAGGCGGUACAUGAACAUAGAUUAAAGGUGUCUGCCAUUAUUUACUUUUCGCGUGUUGAUAAUUAUGUUGAUAACUAUUAAACUAAGUAGAUGGUAUAUGAACAUAAGUUAAUGGUGUCUGCAAUUUAUCUACUUUUCGCGUGUUGAUAAUUAUGUUGUUUACAAUUAAACUAUGUUGACGGUACAUGAACAUAAGUCAAUGGUGUCUUCAAUCUAUUUACUUUUCCCGUGUUAAUAAUAAUAGUGUUUACUAUUGAACCAAGUAGUCGGUACAUGAACAUAAGUUAAUGGUGUCUGCACUUUAUUUAAUUUCCAAUAGUAAUAAUUAUAAUGUUCAUUUAUUGAAAUUUGUAGACGGUAUAUGAUCAUAAGUUAAUGGUGUCUGCAAUUUAUUGACAUUUCCCGUGUUAAUAAUGAUAGUGUUGACUAUUGAACCAAUUAGACGGUACAUGAACAUAAGUUAAUGGUGUCUGCAAUUUAUUUACUUCCCAAUAGUAAUAAUUAUAAUGUUAAUUUAUUUUGAACUUAGUAGACGGUACAUGAACAUAAGUUAAUGGUGUCUGCAAUUUAUUGACAUUUCACGUGUUAAUAAUGAUAGUGUUGACUAUUGAACCAAGUAGACGGUACAUGAACAUAAGUUAAUUGUGUCUGCAAUUUAUUUACUUCCCAAUAGUAAUAACUAUAAUGUUCAUUUAUUCUGAGCUUAGUAGACGGUACAUGAACAUAAGUUAAUGGUGUCUGCAACUUAUUACUUUUCCAAUAGUAAUAAAUAUAAUGCUCAUUUAUUGAACUUAGUAGAUGGAACAUGAACAUAAGUUAAUGGUGUCUGCAAUUUAUUUGCUUUCCCGUGUUGAUAAUGAUAUUAUUUAUUAUUAACCUAAGUAGACGGUACAUUAACAUAAGUUAAUGGUGUCUGCAAUUUAUUUGCUUUCCCGUGUUGAUAAUGAUAUUAUUUAUUUUUUAACCUAAGUAGGCGGUACAUAGACAUAAGUUAUGGUGUCUGCAAUUUAUUUACUUUCCCGUGUUAAUAAUGAUAUUGUUUAUUAUUAACCUAAGUAGACGGUACAUGAACAUAAGUUAAUGGUGUCUGCAAUUUAUAUACUUUUCCGUGUUAAUAAUGAAAUUGUUUAUUAUUAAUAUUAACCUAAGUAGACGGUACAUGAACAUAAGUUAAUGGUGUCUGCAAUUUAUAUUCUUUCCCGUGUUAAUAAUGAUAUUGUUUAUAUUUAACCUAAGUAGACGGAACAUGAACAUAAGUUAAUGGUUUCUGCAAUUUAUAUACUUUCCCGUGUUAAUAAUGAUAUUGUUUAUAAUUAACCUAAGUAGACGGAACAUGAACAUAAGUUAAUGGUUUCUGCAAUUUAUAUACUUUCCCGUGUUAAUAAUGAUAUUGUUUAUUAUUAACCUAAGUAGACGGAACAUGAACAUAAGUUAAUGGUGACUGCAAUAAUUUACUUUCCCGUGUUAAUAAUGAUAUUAUUUAUUUUUAACCUAAGUAGACGGUACAUGAACAUAAGUUAAUGGUGUCUGCAAUUAAUUUACUUUCCCGUGUUAAUAAUGAUAUUGUUUAUUAUUAACCUAAGUAGACGGAACAUGAACAUAAGUUAAUGGUGUCUGCAAUUUAUUUACUUUCCCGUGUUAAUAAUGAUAUUGUUUAUUAUUAACCUAAGUAGACGGUACAUGAACAUAAGUUAAUGGUGUCUGCAAUUUAUUUACUUUACCGUGUUAAUAAUGAUAGUGUUUAUUAAUAACCUAAGUAGACGGUACAUGAACAUAAGUUAAUGGUGUCUGCAAUUUAUUUACUUUCCCGUGUUAAUAAUGAUAUUGUUUAUUUUUUAACCUAAGUAGACAGUACAUGAACAUAAGUCAAUGGUGUCUGCAAUUUAUUUACUUUGCCGUGUUAAUUAUGAUAUUGUUUAUUAAUAACCUAAGUAGACGGUACUUGAACAUAAGUUAAUGGUGUCUGCAAUUAAUUUACUUUCCCGUGUUAAUAAUGAUAUUGUUUAUUUUUAACCUAAGUAGACGGUACAUGAACAUAAGUUAAUGGUGUCUGCAAUUUAUAUACUUUUCCGUGUUAAUAAUGAUAUUGUUUAUUAUUAACCUAAGUAGACGGUACAUGAACAUAAGUUAAUGGUGUCUGCAAUUUAUUUACUUUCCCGUGUUAAAAAUGAUAUUGUUUAUUUUUAACCUAAGUAGACGGUACAUGAACAUAAGUUAAUGGUGUCUGCAAUUAAUUUACUUUCCCGUGUUAAUAAUGAUAUUGUUUAUUAUUAACCUAAGUAGACGGUUCAUGAACAUAAGUUAAUGGUGUCUGCAAUUAAUUUACUUUCCCGUGUUAAUAAUGAUAUUGUUUAUUUUUAACCUAAGUAGACGGUACAUGAACAUAAGUUAAUGGUGUCUGCAAUUUAUAUACUUUUCCGUGUUAAUAAUGAUAUUGUUUAUUAUUAACCUAAGUAGACGGUACAUGAACAUAAGUUAAUGGUGUCUGCAAUUUAUUUACUUUCCCGUGUUAAAAAUGAUAUUGUUUAUUUUUAACCUUAGUAGACGGUACAUGAACAUAAGUUAAUGGUGUCUGCAAUUAAUUUACUUCCCCGUGUUAAUAAUGAUAUUGUUUAUUAUUAACCUAAGUAGACGGUACAUGAACAUAAGUUAACGGUGUCUGCAAUGCAUUUACUUUCCCGUGUAAAUAAUGAUAUUGUUUAUUAUUAACCUAAGUAGACGGUACAUGGACAUAAGUUAAUGGUGUCUGCAAUUAAUUUACUUUUCCGUGUUUAUAAUGAUAUUGUUUAUUAUUAAUAUUAACGUAAGUGGACGGUACAUGAACAUAAGUUAAUGGUGUCUGCAACUAAUUUACUUUCCCGUGUUAAUAAUGAUAUUGUUUAUUAUUAACCUAAGUAGAUGGUACAUGAACAUAAGUUAAUGGUGUCUGCAAUUUAUACACUUUUCCGUGUUAAUACUGAUAUUGUUUAUUAAUAACCUAAGUAGACGGUACAUGAACAUAAGUUAAUGGUGUCUGCAAUUUAUUUACUUUUCGCGUGUUGAUAAUUAUGCUGAACAUUAGCUGUUGAACUAAGUAGACGGUAAAUGAACAUAAGUUAAUGGUGUCUGCAAUCUAUUUACUUUUCCCGUGUUGAUAUAAUUAUGUUGUUAACUAUUAAACUAAGUAGACAGUACAUGAACAUAAAUUAAUGGUGUCUGCAAUUUAUUUACUUUUCCCGUGUUAAUAAUGAUAGUGUUUACUAUUAAACCAAGUAGACGGUACAUGAACAUAAGUUAAUGGUGUCUGCAAUUUAUUCACUUCCCAAUAGUAAUAAUUAUAAUGUUCAUUUAUUUUCAGCUAAGUAGACGGUACAUGAACAUAAGUUAAUGGUGUCUGCAAUUUAUUUGCUUUCCCGUGUUAAUAAUGAUAUUGUUAUCAUUAACCUAAGUAGAGGGUACAUGAACAUAAGUUAAUGGUGUCUGGAAUUUAUUUACUUUUCGCGUGUUGAUAAUUAUGCUUAACAUUAGCUGUUGAACUAAGUAGACGGUAAAUGAACAUAAGUUAAUGGUGUCUGCAAUCUUUUUACUUUUCCGGUGUUGAUAUAAUUAUGUUGUUUACUAUUAAACUAAGUAGACAGUACAUGAACAUAAGUUAAUGGUGUCUGCAAUUUAUUUGCUUUCCCGUGUUAAUAAUGAUAUUGUUAUCAUUAACCUAAGUAGACGGUACAUGAACAUAAGUUAAUGGUGUCUGGAAUUUGUUUACUUUUCGCGUGUUGAUAAUUAUGCUUAACAUUAGCUGUUGAACUAAGUAGACGGUGAAUGAACAUAAGUUAAUGGCGUCUGCAAUCUUUUUACUUUUCCGGUGUUGAUAUAAUUAUGUUGUUUACUAUUAAACUAAGUAGACAGUACAUGAACAUAAGUUAAUGAUGUCUGCAAUUUAUUUACUUUUCCCGUGUUAAUAAUUGUAGUGUUUACUAUUGAACCAAGUAGACGGUACAUGAACAUAAGUAAAUGGUAUCUGCACUUUAUUUACUUACCAAUAGUAAUGAUUAUAAUGUUCAUUUAUUUUUAGUUUAUUCGACGGUACAUGAACAUAAGUUAUUGUUGAUAAUUAUGUUGUUAACUAUUAAACUAAGUAGAUGGUACAUGAACAUAAGUGAAUGGUUUCUGCAACUUAUUCACCUUCCAAUAGUAAUAAUUAUAAUGCUCAUUUUUUAACUAAGUAGACGGUACAUGAACAUAAGUUUAUGGCGUCUGCAGUUAUGUUUUUUUUAAAGCAAUAAUUAUAAUGUUUAUUUAUUAAAAUAAGUAGACUGUGCAUGAACAUAAGCUAAUGGUGUUUCAUGUUAAAUAAUUAUGCAUUUAAUAUUUAAGUAAGUUGACGGUACAUGAACAUUUGUUUAUAUUUAUAUAUAUAUAUAUAUAUAGUUUUAUUUACUUCUCCCAUGUUAAAUAAUUAUACUUUUAUUAUUGUAUUUUGUUGCUUGUUUUUACUUGUAUUGGGUUUAUUUCGAAAUGUGAAAUAAUGUAGGAUACUGUUAGCACAUAUCGCCAAGUAUUAUCGUUAUGACUCACUUCAUUUGACACUGAUGGCAUACUACUUUUGACCCUUAUGGCAUACUUCAUUUGACCCUUAUGGCAUUCUUCAUUUGACCCUUAUGACAUACUUCAUUUUACCCUGAUGACAUACUUAAUUUGACCCUGAUGACAUACUUCAUUUUGCCCUUAUGAUUACAUUAUUUGACCCUUAUGACUAGUAUUGCAUUGACCCUUAUUAUUUACUUCAUUUGACCCUGAUGACAUACGUAAUUUGACCCUUCUGACUUACUUCAUUUGACCCUCAUGACAAACCUCAUUUGACCCUUAUCACUUACUUCAUUUGACUCCUUUGACUAACUUCUUUUGACACUGAUGACAUACUAAAUUUGACCAUAAUGACAUACUUCAUUGGACACUGAGAUAAUUACCUUAAUCAAGAGUUAGUGUGAUUGUAGAAAUAUGACAUAUAAUCAAGAGUAAGUGCGAUUGUAGAAAUAUGACAUAUAAUCAAGAGUAAGUGCGAUUGUAGAAAUAUGACAUAUAAUCAAGAGUAAGUGCGAUUGUAGAAAUAUGACAAAUAAUCAAGAGUUAAUGUGAUUGUGGAAUUAUGACAUAUAAUCAAGGGUAAGUGCAAUUGUAGAAAUAUGACAUGUAAUCAAGAGUACGUGUGAUUGUGGAAAUAUGACAUACAAUCAAGAGUAAGUGCGAUUGUAGAAAUAUAACAUAUAAUCAAGAGUAAGCGUGAUGGUAUAAAGAUGACAUAUAAUCAAGAGUUAGUGUGAUUGUGGAAAUAUGACAUAUAAUCAAGAGUAAGCGUGAUGGUAUAAAGAUGACAUAUAAUCAAGAGUAAGUGUGAUUGUGGAAAUAUGACAAAUGGUCGACUUAUAACAUAUAAUUGAGAGUUAGUGCGACGGUUGAGUAAUAACAUAUAGUCAAGAGUUGAUGUGAUGGUAGAAAUAUGGCAUAUAAUGAAGAGUUAGUGUGAUAGUAGAAAUAUGAAAUAUAAUCAAGAGUACGUGUGUAUUACAUACAUGUAUGUUAUUAUUAAAUGAUGUAAGGAUGAAAUAAA